AUGACUGACGUUCCUCUUCCUGAAUGCCUUCCAAAGCCAGAAGAACCGAAAGCUGCAGAACCACAACAGUCUCCUCAGCAACCUCAGUUCCAGCAAGUACCUCCGAAUUACUACCAAUUUCCACCUCAAGGUUACUACCCACCACAAGGCUUCCCGAACUACCCUCCUCAGCCUAUGCCUUACUGCCCCAACCCUUGGAUGUUUAUGCAAGCUCCACCCCAGCAAUUCCAAUUCCAAUCUCAGUCCAAGAGAGACCAAGACUUCGAAGAAGGUCUGAACCGCUUACGCAAAGAGUAUGCUACAGCUCCAAUUGAGAGAAAGUUGUUCCCGGACCAAAAAAUAUAA